AUGCAAAGCAAUGCACGACUAUUGUGGAAAGAUUGGACAAAGUACAAAUAUCGAUUCGAUGUUUUUCUUUUCGAUAUCGAUCUCGUCAGGCGACGUCGAUCAACCGGUGUCGGUCGGUUCGGCCUCGACUGGGUGGUGUGCAGUUGCUGGCCAGCUUCAAUGCCGAACGCAUCCAUCACCCCUAAGACCAAGCGUAACGGUGCCAGACCCGACGUGAUGGAUCGCCUUCUGUCGGCAUUCGAAUCCGCCCGUUUACGAACGAUUGCCGUCGGACCCCCACUACGCGGCGAAGCUCUCGUCGCCGCCAUUUGUAACAGUUGUCCGCAGCCGCGGAGGCCGCGCGACCGUCGCAUCGCGGCCGUGCCCACUGUUGGUCAUCGGCAUCGCCGCACUGAACCGCCUUUAAAUUAG